CGUUUCUUCUUCUUCUUGGUUUAUUCUGAAAAUGGGUGCUGAGGUGAGUAAACAGGUGGAAAGACGAAAAUCUAUUCAUACUCAGAAGAAAAUCUUGUAUGAUCUCAAGGAGAAAAAUGGAUGCAACUUUCCUGGUUGUGAUUAUCAUGUACAAGACAGAAAAAAUUGGAUGUCAGCACUUAUCCCUGAGAAACUCCAUGUCAACAAGAUUGUUUGGCCAGGUACACAUGAUUCAGCAACUAACAAUAUAGGCAUCCCAUUCAUUUCUCGCCCUUUUGCUCAAUGCCAAUCUCUGUCCAUUUAUGAACAACUAGUAAUUGGCGCUCGCGUCCUUGAUAUCCGUGUUCAAGAAGAUCGUCGUAUAUGCCAUGGCAUCCUUCUUUCCUACAAUGUUGACGUCGUUAUCAACGACGUCAAAAAAUUUCUGUCUGAAACACAUUCAGAGAUAAUAAUCCUAGAAAUUCGUACUGAAUUCGGCCAUGAUGAUCCCCCGGAUUUCGACAAGUACCUAGAGGAUCAGCUAGGAGAAUUUCUCAUCCACCAAGAUGACAAUGUUUUCAACAAGGCUAUUGCAGAGUUAUUGCCAAAGAGGAUAAUGUGUGUUUGGAAACCAAGAAAAUCACCUCAGCCAAAACAUGGAAGUCCGUUAUGGAGUUCAUGUUACCUAAAAGAUAACUGGAUAGAUACUGACUUACCUGAAACGAAGUUCGAGAGUAACAUGAAGCAUUUGAGUGAGCAGCCACCUGUAACAUCCCGGAAAUUCUUUUACAGAGUGGAGAAUACGGUCACACCACAGGCUGAUAAUCCAGUCCUGUGUGUGAAACCUGUGACAGAUCGGAUUCAUCCGUAUGCGAGGCUGUUUGUUAUGGAAUGUAUUGCUCGAGGUUAUGGUGAUCGGUUGCAGAUAUUUUCAUCAGACUUUAUAGAUGAAGAUUUUGUGGAUGCAUGCAUUGGUCUUACAAAUGCAAGGAUUGAAGGGAAGUUCUGAAUCUGAACGAAUGUUUAUAGGUCUAAAUAGUAUAUAUGUAUGUGUUUCAGAAAUUUUAUUUUUAUGUAUAUAGUUUGAGUAGCAAGUAGGAGUGCACCCCUACUUGCCGAAGAUGGAUUAUUUUCUAGUCUGUAUAUAGGUCUUGUGUGGUCCAACUUGUUUGAAAUCGAGACUCAAUUGUUAUUGUAAUUCGUUUUCUGUUGUAAGAUUGUUUUGAGGAAUUGAGUAUAUGCGAGAACAUGAUAUAUGAGAAGAAAUACACUCUUAGCUGUCA